CUUCUGAUACAUAUUUUUUGUUUGGAGUACUUUCAACUCAAUAAAAAGAUAAUCCGCAAUUAUUGACACAAUUAGAUAACGCGUAGUUCUCCAAUUCGACAUAUGAAUUAGAUGAAAUGUGAUUGCGUAAUAGCGAGACGUCAAUAACUGGGGUGAUGUCAAUUAACUGAAGGAAAUCAAGACGUUUAAUUCUUAUCGAAAAGACAAAUAAAUAAAAGCAAAUAUGGACGGUAACGAUUCGUAUUCUUUUAACAACACUAAUCAUACGAUGGAUUCGAUGCCAACUGGGAUUCGUUCAAUGUUAAUCUUUCAAGAGUUGCUUUUUGCAACAGUUUGUAUUAUUGGUCUUUUGGGGAAUACUUUGGUGGUAUACGUAGUAAUUAGAUUUUCGAAGAUGCAAACAGUUACAAAUAUGUAUAUCGUAAAUUUAGCAAUAGCUGAUGAAUGUUUUUUAAUUGGAAUCCCAUUUUUAAUAGUAACGAUGGUAGAAAAAUCCUGGAUAUUUGGCGAUUUUAUGUGUAAAACAUAUCUAACGCUAACAAGUAUCAAUCAGUUUACCAGCAGUACUUUUUUGCUGGUUAUGAGUGCUGAUAGAUACAUCGCUGUUUGUCAUCCAAUAUCUUCUCCAAAAUGGAGGACGCCCUUUAUAUCAAAGAUAGUUUCGUUGGUGGCGUGGACGCUGAGUAUAGCAUUAAUGAUACCAUUAAUUAUAAAUUCAAAGGAAGUGUCACAUCAUGCAGGAAAAUCUUGUGUGGUAGCUAUUGGUAAUCACACUAUAAAUCAUCCAGCUAUUACAUUCACUUCUUAUACCUUUGUAUUUGGAUUUGCAAUUCCAAUAGUAUUCAUAUCCGUUUUCUAUUUACUCGUUAUAAGAAAACUUCAAACAGUUGGCCCACAAAAUAAAUCAAAAGACAUGAAAAGAUCCCACAGAAAAGUAACUCAACUUGUUCUAACAGUUAUUAGCGUUUACAUACUUUGCUGGCUUCCAUACUGGGUAUUGCAGUUAGCGGAAGUUUUUAGUACGGACGACACCCAAUCCCCAUUUAUCCUGAUGAUGCACCUACUAGCUUCUUGUUUGAGCUACUCAAACUCAGCAAUGAAUCCAAUCCUCUACGCGUUCCUCAGCGACAACUUCAAGAAAAGCUUUUUGAAAGCGUGCACCUGUGCUGCCGGCAAAGACAUCAACGCGGCACUCCAUUUGGAAAACAGCGUGUUCCCGAGGAAAAACAAGCAAGGUUCGAUGAAAUUGAAACCAUCGAGGGCUACAUCGAUCUGUCCAAACAACGACGAAGAGUGUGACGUAGGACCAUUGGUUAGUAAAGGGGAUCCGUCAACGUCCCUCAUUACCAUGUCUUCGCGGUCAAUUAAUGCACUAGAGACCAGUAGCGACACAAGGGACACUGUGGUCACGAACGGGGAUCAAUCUCGUGGGCUGGUGUUAUCAACGGUGUAGCCAUCGAAGAAAUCAUCAACAACUACGUUACACACUCGAAAAUCAAUACAUUUCAACAUUUCAUCGAACAAAAAUUGUGAAAGUAGAGUUUAACUUUUAUCAUAUAUGUCAUAUCUUGUUGGCGAUUUACUAAAUACAUUACAAUUUAUAAACCAUGCUUUAGUACUAGGUACUAUUAAGUAAAAUAAAAGUAAGUGUAUAUGUCUCUAUUUUAUUAGGAUAUCGUAAUUCUGCUAAAUUAUCGAACAAUAAAUUAAAAAUUCUUGUAAAACAAUGAAAUUGAUGUAAUUAGGUAAGAUUUUUUUAAAUUACGUCGACUUAUUAACCCCUGAUACUUUGUUUCUGUUUGUAAGAACGACCCAUCAAAGAAAUUUGAUUGAAAGGAAAGAUGAAAUUUAAUUUUUAAAUAUAAAAUUGCUCCAAGUACGAGCAGCAAGCAAAACUAAACUUUAAAUAGGUAAUUAAUGAUUAUUAAAAACAUUACCAUUUUUACAAGCGUUAUCCAAAAGGUUAUUUAUACUGAGCCCCUGUAACCCUUUUGAGAUAACUCUUGAUGAAAUCGAAUCAAGAAAAAUGUCAGUUCAUAAUGAAUGUUUUUUAUUUUUGUAAGUCAUUAUAACAGAAGUAAAUAGGUGAAAAUUAUCUGUGAUAUUAACCUUACACAGUAAGUAAGUAAGUUUGCAAGUACUUAAGUAAGUACUGAGCGAGGUACUAAGUAUUUCGGCUAUUGUAAAUAAUCACUUUCUUAUAAGUGUUGAUGGAAAACGAAUAUUUUUCGGUCUAUAAUGAACCAACAUUCUCGUCGGAACUUAAUCUUAAAUAUAAGUUGUGUAUGUAUUUCACUAAUGUACGAAAUUUGGUGUUACGUUUAUCGUCGACCUAUAUCCGACAGUUUUCCUUGUAGUGUCUUGAAAUUAGUGUGAAUGUGUAAUGUAAAAAGUAAAAUAAAAUAUUUAAAAGACAA